GAUUUUCAGUUAAAUUUGAGAAUUUGCAAACUGCGGUCGACCCAGCACACAGACCAGAUAUCGCGAAAACAAAAGACACAAAGUGCAAAAGUAUAAUACAACCAAUUAGUACAUAUACUAUAUCAUCUGUGGGACUCAGAUUUAUAUAAAAUAUAUAUCCGAAAUAUAUAUUUUAAAAUAAAACCAAACACACAGCACCAUGCCCAGCAAAAGUCACAUCUUUUUGGCCAGCUCUCUGCUGUUGCUACUCGCGUUGCCAGCGAUUAAUGCCGAUCUCAUGUGCUAUGUUUGCGAUGAUUGUGCUAAUUUGCAAAAGGACACACCACUACUGGCCUGCAAUGAUGACUUUUUCAAUCAGGGCGGCAGCACUGAAGCCUCCACAGUGACCACCACCACCACAACGGAGGCGAGCACCACCACGACACAAGAAAGUACGACUGUGGAGAGUACGACACCGAUGGAGACGAGCUCCCAGAGUACUACCGUAGAGACCAGUCCCGCCACCACUGAAGCAUCAACCACCACAGUGGAGACUACGUCCACGGAACUGAUCACAGAGAGCACUGCGAGCACAGAGGCGCCUGCACCGACGCCACCGACAGCUGGACCGGUCGAGACCACUACCGGAUGGCCAACGCCGCCCGCCGAGGAUCUGUUGGCUCUGGCGGCCAGGAACACCACACGUCUGGUGGCCGUGGAGACCGAGAGCACCACACCAUCGAUGGCCAUCAGACAGCGACGAUCGGUGGUCGAUACGGAGUACACCUUCCACUGCUACUCCGUGCAGGCGAAGGUCAAUGGCACCCUGAUCACAGAUCGCGGUUGCUCCCGCGUCGGCACCUAUGAGGCUGUCUGCGAGCAGCUGCAGCGCCAGAACAACGGGACGGAGCUGUCCAACUGCGACCCCUGCAGCAUGAAUGCCUGCAACGGCAGCUCCACGCUCCAGGCAUCGCUCCUGGGAUCUCUUAUGCUGGCCAUCGUAGCGGCUGCACUGCAUCGCAACUAGAGACCAAGUCAUCAUCAUCAUCACCCGGUGCUACAAUUUAGUAUUCCUCGUUUCUUUAAGACAACACUCCCACACACACCAACAAAAGACACACUCAUAAGACAGCACUCAUCGUUAAGUGAUUCGAAAUUUUAUAUAAUUUUUAAGAGACACACAAAAACACACACAACACACACGCAAAACGAAUAUCGAAAUAUAUACAAAUGUAUUUGUAUAAACUAAUUAAAGCUAACCAAAUGUGAAGCAUAAGGAAAAAACUUAAUAAAUACAUAAUAUAUAGUUUUAAAAGGAAA